AUGGAGAAGGAGGCGGAGGGUCCGGCGCUGCGCCGGCUGUACCACCGCCUCCUGGAGCCGCUGAGCCUGUCUCCGGCGUUGGGGCUGGCCCCGGGCCGCCCCGCCCCCGCCCCCGAGGGCCGCCAGGCCCGGGGGCCGCCUCCGGGGAGCCCUCCAUCCUCGGCCGGCCGGGCCCGGGGCCAACGUCGCUCCGCCCUAAGCCCGGGCGUCCUCCAUGGCACCGGGCCCCCCAAACCCCCAAGGAACCGGACGGCCUUCCCCUCGACGGGGCCCGGACGGCUCCGGGGCUGCAGGACCGGCCCGACGGCCCCCUCCCGGGCCCCACCGACGGACACCGGCUCCAGCCGACCCCCUCCUCCUCCUCCUCCUCCUGCCCAAGCCCAGGCCUCAGCCGUCGGGCAGCCCCGGCGGGUCCGGUCCCUGCCCGGCCUGCGUCAGGGCUGGAUGCUGGCCGACGAGCUGUGCCUCCCCCCGCCGGCCCCCCGGCCCCUCACCCCUCUGGUCCUCAGCCGGGACAGCCAACCGACCCCGACGGGGGCCACCUCCCCAUCCCCCGGGACCGGGGCCGAAGACCUGCGGAGGCUGCUGCGGCGGGCCCAGCUCCCCACGAGGGUCCCCGCCGGGCAGCCGCAACAGCCCCCCAGCACCGUGACCGCCAUCAGUGCCACCUCCAGCCUGGACCCUCUCCUGGGAGCCCUGACCCGGCCCCUGGCCGCCGGCCCCCGGCUGGAGAAGCUGCAGGAGGCCUUAGAGGCCCUGCAGGCCGAAGAGCGGUCGGGGCGGUGGGAUCGCCGCCCGCCGGGGCCCGCUCCGGUCCACCCCCAGCCCGCCACCGUCACCCUGGAGCUGAGGGGCCGGACGGUGCGGGCCGCGGCCCGCCGCCUCCCUGCCCGGGCCUUCUCGGAGCCCCUGCACGUCCCCUGCACCCGGGUCCUCUACAACCACCUGACGGGCGAGCUGGGCCCCGAGCUGGUCGCCGACCUGGAUGCCUCGCUCUGGUCCGGCGAGGCCAUGUGCGACGUCUACCGGGAGCUGCUGGGCUGCCUGUCCGCCGACCACCUGGGCUUCGACCAGGGCCCGCUGGUGGAGCCGGCCUCCGAGGUGGACUGGGCCUGCUACCUGGCCUCCGCCGCCCCGAGCCUCCGCCCGAGCAGCCGGACCGUCCUGAACCCCCAGCUGAAGGGGAUCGGGCGCCGCGGGAGUGCCUCGACGGACGCCGACGACUACUUCGAGUUCCUGGCCACCCAGGGCGGCGACUUCCUCCGGGUCAUCUACCGCCUCUACCUGGAGGAGCCCCCCGAGGAGGCGCCCCCGGCCCCGAAGGUCGACCCCCUGGCCCUGCCGCCGGUGCCCCCGCCGCUGGGCCCGGGCGACGGCGAGGAGGGCGAGGGAGGGGAGAGGGAGCGGCCCGCGGCCUUCGUGCCGGGCCUGUGGGACCCCGGCACCCUGCCGGUCGAGGGGCCGGGGGCCGAGACGCCGCUGCCCCUCUUGCAGAAGCGCCUGGAGCGGGUGUGGGCCGUCCUGCAGGUGCCCGAGCCGGAGCGGCUGGACAUGGCCAUCAAGUACAGCUCGGACGCCCGCCUGGGCCAGCUGCCCUACCUGGUGGACGCCUGGGAGCGGGCCCUGCGGCCCAUCCAGGAGCGGGAGACCGCCCUGGCCCGGCUGGAGCGCUUCGAGACGCGCGCCUCCGACCCCAACCGCUUCUUCCUGCCGGGCGAGGGCCGGCCCGGCCGCCGGCCCCAGGAGGCCCAGGUCCGGGCCUUCCUGCACGCGCAGCUGGCCGAGGCCGAGGGGUCCCUGGGCCGUCUCCUGGAGGAGAUCCAGGUGACCUUCGGGGAGCCCGUCACCCUCAAAGGGCGGCCCUACCUGGACAAGAUGAAGCGGGACAAAGUGGAGAUGCUCUUCUGGCUGCAGCAGGAGCGGCGGGCCGGAGACCUGGUCCACGGGCCCCUGCGCGCCAGGCUGCGACCCCUAGUCGGGGCGCCCAGCCCCAAGGUCCCGCGGGCCCCCAGGGCGGCCUCCCCCUCGUCCUCCCCGGCUUCCUAGCCCCCCCAGCUCCGCCUCCGGGAAGGAACCGGUACCCCGAGAACCCCGCGGCCCGCCGGGCGCCGUCGGGUAAGAAGAGCGAGGACGCCUCCC